UGUGUGUGUGCGUGCUAAGCUUUUUUUUUCCCCCCAACACUCAUACACGCUCGAGUGUCGCCGUCGUCGCCGGUGCCUGUGUGCCUAUUCAUUCAUACAUAUAUAUGUACCUAUAUAUAUACACAUAAUAAUAAUUUAAAAAUAAGUAUUUCGACAUUCCGCGGUGGAAAUUAUUACGCCUAAUAAUCCUAAUCGCCAGUAAAAGAAACCUUCCAACAUCAACAACUUCAACAUUUUAAGUGCUAAGCCAUAAUUGUGAUUAAUAACAGUGAACGAAACGACAAAUAAUUGAAAAUUUGUUCAAUCAAGCCAUUAAAAUAGCAAAAGUUAUCUCAGGUGCAGAGAGUCAGUGUCAGUGAUUACCUCAUCUGUGUCAAAAGCAACGCCAACAAAAUGGUAUCAAAAAGCAAUAAAAAGAAACAAGUGUCUCAACAGCAACAGCAGCAGCAGCAGCAGCAGCAACUGCCGCCAGCAACAUCAACCACAACAACAUCGUCAACGGCCUCGGCUACCAAAUUAACCAAAAAACUUGGACCCGAUGCUCAGGCCACACUGACAACAAACACGAGCUCCACCUCAAUGGAGCAUGAAUCGGUGUCGUAUGGCGGUGGGAUCACAUCUCUGCCAUCAACUUCACAGGCAGCGGCUGGCAUUAGUAGCUAUAGCACUAAGGCUGCCAAAUCAUCCUCCUCCACACAAUCACAAUCCUACACAGCGCAAUCUCAGUAUAGCAGCAGCAGCAGCUCAAAGAUCUCCCGAGAUUACUCGAAUGAGAAAAUAAUAUCGUCCGUUGAUUUGCUUGAAAGUGAAAAAAAGGAACCUGUAUUCUCGGUACCCAUCGAAGUGGUAGAGAUCACUGGUGGUUUGUCCAGCAGUGGAAAUGUGUCAAAAUCCUUUCAAUCCACCUCCUCAUCGCAGCAGCGGGAGCAACAGGCAACGAGCAGCACCAGUUACUUUGAGUCCACAACCAGUUCUAGUCGGAGUGCCAACGAAACGCUCAUUGCAAGCGAGAGAGUCGCCACCGCCACCAACGCUGCUGCUGCUGCUAUUACCGGUAUGACAUCAUCGAGCAGCAAACAGGUUGGCUUCGACUUUGACUCCAACACAAAUACAAACACAAUCACCAGCAGCAGCGACGUCAACGCCAGCAGCGGCGUUAUUAAUUUGAGAGAAUCUCGAAGCGUGCCAAAGACAGAAAUUUCUACUGUGGGUGUCAAUGGUGCGUCAUCAACCUCAACAUCGGCAACAACAACAAAAAGAACAGCUGAAACGGCAGCAACAACUGUGACGUCGUCAUCGUCGCGCGAAAGACAACCGGUUGCCACUCUGUCUGGGUCGUCGGCCACAACAAAGGCAACGUCACAAACAGCUGUUAGUAGUGAUAAAACAUCAUCAUCAUCGCUAUCCACUUCCUUGGCAAAGAACUCCAAGACCAGUCAGGAGGCCACCGAAAGCACAACUCAUAGAAGCAGCAGCAGCAGUAAACAAUUAAAAUCUAGCUCCAAGAAGGAAGUCUACGAUGUGAAAACGAAAACUUGGAGCGAGUUUAGCGAUGGCUCCACCCAAAUUGCAAACAAAAAGCAACCGACCUUUGAACGCUACGUCAGCAAGGAAUCGGAUGGUAGCUAUAAGGUCACAUAUAAGAAGAAGAUAUACGACAAACGCAACAAUAGAUGGCGUGUGGUGGAUGAACGGACUUGUGAUAGUACCCAUGAUUUGGGCUAUCCCGAAAUAGUAGAUGAUGUCAUAAAUACAACAACAACAACAUAUACAACCAAGGUGUACGACACAAAGCUUGGCAAAUGGACUGUAGUGGAUGAAAAAUCGUUCACUGAUACGAAAGCUUUUGUGCCCAAUGACAUUGCUCGUGAAAUCGAGAAAGAUAAUACCGAUGUGGCAAACAUAACAACUACCACGGAGGUGACUAAGAUUUUCGAUGCUAGCAUUAAUGAUUGGCGUGUCCUAGACGAAAAGGUGCACACGGAUGUUAUUGAAAAAAUUGUCGAGACUCCCAAAAAGACAAUAUAUGUGGAUGAAUUUGUGGAAAUUGAGAAGAAUACAUCAAUAUCCGAAAAUAAUGAAAAUAUCACACUGAAUCUAAACGAGACAUCGAAACACAAAAAUAUUACCGAAAAUAUUUAUGAUGAGAUCGAUUAUGUGCGAACUGAUAAGCAACGCUUAGACGAUUCAAGAAACCGUGGAGUCGCCAAAAAUAAGACAUCGACACAUAGUGAAAGGUGUAUCUGUGAAAUCUGCACUUGCGGACGUCAUCAUUGCUCCACCAGCACAACAAAAAACACAGAAAAAGUCUUUGUGGAAACAGAUGAUACAAUUGGCGAAACAUACACAAGAAUUCGCACUAACACUUGGUCGAAGAAAGAUUUGAAAAAAGACAAAAACAUUCCGACAAACGAAGAGAUUCUAGUGGACUAUAUUGUCAUCAAGAAACCGGAGGAUAAUUUAAAAACAGAAGGCGAAUUUUUAGUACCAGAAAAGGAACCGUAUAAACCAUCUGAGAGGCGGGAGAAAAUUGUACAUGCUGACAACUUACGUACAGAAGGAGAAAUGACGUUUGUUGAAAAGGAAGAAUACCAAUACACUACACGUCCUGGUUAUGUGAAGCCAACGGAUAAUCUGAAACCGGAAGGAGAAUUUUAUAGUCCAGAAAAGCCAAAAUAUCAGCCGGGAGAUCGUCCAACUCAAGUUCGACAUCAAGAUAACUUGAAACCCGAAGGAGAAUUUUACACUCCAGAGAAAACUGGAUUUAGGCCAGCUGAAAGACCAGUUCAAAAAAGGCCAGUGGAUAAUCUAAGACCUGAAGGCGAAUUUGUGACUCCAGAGAAACAUGUUUUUAAACCAGCAGAAAAAACCGAAAGGGUAAUCAGAAAGGAUAACCUACGCACUGAAGGUGAAAUGAUUUUCAUCGAAAGAGAAGAAUACGAAUAUGUAGUGCGACCUGAACAAGUGAAGCCAACGGAUAACUUAAAACCGGAAGGCGAAUUUUACAGCCCAGAGAAACCAAAAUAUAAACCAGGCGAAAGGCCUUCCCAAGUGAGGCACCAGGAUAAUCUGCGGCCCGAAGGAGAAUUUUACGCUCCACACAAACCAGGCUUUCAACCAGCCGAUCGUCCUGUGCAAAAGAAGCCAGAGGAUAAUUUAAGGCCUGAAGGUGAAUUCUAUAGCCCGGAAAAACCGAAAUACAAACCAGGUGAAAGACCUUCCCAAGUCAGGCAUGAAGAUAAUCUUCGACCCGAAGGGGAGUUCUACACUCCGGAAAAACCAGGAUUUAGGCCAGCUGAGAGACCACUUCAAAAAAGACCAGUGGAUAAUCUAAGACCUGAAGGCGAAUUUGUGACUCCCGAGAAACAAGUUUUUAAACCAGCAGAAAAAACCGAAAGGGUAAUCAGAAAGGAUAACUUACGCACUGAAGGUGAAAUGACUUUCAUUGAAAAGGAAGAAUACCAAUAUGUAGUGCGUCCAGAACAAGUGAAGCCAACGGAUAACUUGAGACCCGAAGGCGAAUUCUACAGCCCCGAGAAGCCAAAAUAUAAGCCAGGCGAAAGGCCUUCUCAAGUCAGGCACGAAGAUAAUUUGCGGCCCGAAGGAGAAUUUUACGCUCCAGAGAAACCUGGUUUCAAACCUGCUGAGCGUCCUGUCCAGAAGAAGCCAGAAGAUAAUUUGAGACCCGAGGGUGAAUUCUACAGCCCUGAGAAACCAAAAUAUAAGCCAGGAGAGAGACCAUCUCAAGUUAGACCAGAGGACAAUCUCAGACCGGAGGGCGAAUUUUACACUCCGGAAAAACCAGGAUUUAGGCCAGCUGAGAGACCACUUCAAAAAAGACCAGUUGAUAAUCUAAGACCUGAAGGCGAAUUUGUGACUCCCGAGAAACAAGUUUUUAAACCAGCAGAAAAAACCGAAAGGGUAAUCAGAAAGGAUAACUUACGCACUGAAGGUGAAAUGACUUUCAUUGAAAAGGAAGAAUACCAAUAUGUAGUGCGUCCAGAACAAGUGAAGCCAACGGAUAACUUGAGACCCGAAGGCGAAUUCUACAGCCCAGAGAAGCCAAAAUAUAAGGCAGGCGAAAGGCCUUCUCAAGUCAGGCACGAAGAUAAUUUGCGGCCCGAAGGAGAAUUUUACGCUCCAGAGAAACAUGGAUUCAAACCUGCUGAGCGUCCUGUUCAGAAGAAGCCAGAAGAUAAUUUGAAACCCGAGGGUGAAUUCUACAGCCCUGAGAAACCGAAAUAUAAGCCAGGAGAGAGACCAUCUCAAGUUAGACCAGAGGAUAAUCUGCGUCCUGAGGGAGAAUUUUACACUCCAGAAAAACCUGGUUUUAAACCUGCUGAGCGUCCUGUCCAGAAGAAGCCAGAAGACAACUUAAGGCCAGAGGGUGAAUUCUACAGCCCAGAGAAACCGAAAUACAAGCCAGGGGAGAGACCAUCUCAAGUGCGACCAGAGGAUAAUCUGCGUCCUGAGGGAGAAUUUUACACUCCAGAAAAACCUGGUUUCAAACCGGCUGAGCGUCCUGUCCAAAAGAAGCCAGAAGAUAAUUUGAGACCAGAGGGUGAAUUCUACAGCCCAGAAAAACCGAAAUACAAGCCAGGGGAGAGACCAUCUCAAGUUAGGCCAGAGGAUAAUCUCAGACCGGAGGGCGAAUUUUACACUCCAGAAAAACCUGGUUUCAAACCUGCGGAGCGUCCUGUCCAGAAGAAGCCGGAAGAUAACUUGAGACCAGAGGGUGAAUUCUACAGCCCAGAGAAACCGAAAUACAAGCCAGGGGAGAGACCAUCUCAAGUGCGACCAGAGGAUAAUCUGCGUCCUGAGGGAGAAUUUUACACUCCAGAAAAACCUUGUUUCAAACCGGCUGAGCGUCCUGUCCAAAAGAAGCCAGAUGAUAAUUUGAGACCAGAGGGUGAAUUCUACAGCCCAGAAAAACCGAAAUACAAGCCAGGGGAGAGACCAUCUCAAGUUAGGCCAGAGGAUAAUCUCAGACCAGAGGGAGAAUUCUACACACCAGAGAAACCUGGAUUUAGGCCAGCUGAAAGACCUGUUCAAAAGAAACCAGUGGAUAAUCUAAAACCUGAGGGUGAAUUUGUGACUCCCGAGAAACAAGUUUUCAGACCAGCGGAAAAAACGGAGAAAAUUAUCAGGCAGGAUAACCUCCGCACUGAAGGUGAAAUGACUUUCAUUGAAAAGGAAGAAUACCAAUAUGUAGUGCGUCCAGAACAAGUGAAGCCAACGGAUAACUUGAGGCCGGAGGGCGAAUUCUACAGCCCUGAGAAACCAAAAUAUAAGCCAGGAGAGAGACCAUCUCAAGUUAGGCCAGAGGAUAAUCUGCGUCCUGAGGGAGAAUUUUACACUCCAGAGAAACCUGGUUUUAAACCUGCUGAGCGUCCUGUCCAGAAGAAGCCAGAAGAUAAUUUGAGACCCGAGGGUGAAUUCUACAGCCCUGAGAAACCAAAAUAUAAGCCAGGAGAGAGACCAUCUCAAGUUAGACCAGAGGACAAUCUCAGACCGGAGGGCGAAUUUUACACUCCGGAAAAACCAGGAUUUAGGCCAGCUGAGAGACCACUUCAAAAAAGACCAGUUGAUAAUCUAAGACCUGAAGGCGAAUUUGUGACUCCCGAGAAACAAGUUUUUAAACCAGCAGAAAAAACCGAAAGGGUAAUCAGAAAGGAUAACUUACGCACUGAAGGUGAAAUGACUUUCAUUGAAAAGGAAGAAUACCAAUAUGUAGUGCGUCCAGAACAAGUGAAGCCAACGGAUAACUUGAGACCCGAAGGCGAAUUCUACAGCCCCGAGAAGCCAAAAUAUAAGCCAGGCGAAAGGCCUUCUCAAGUCAGGCACGAAGAUAAUUUGCGGCCCGAAGGAGAAUUUUACGCUCCAGAGAAACCUGGUUUCAAACCUGCUGAGCGUCCUGUCCAGAAGAAGCCAGAAGAUAAUUUGAGACCCGAGGGUGAAUUCUACAGCCCUGAGAAACCGAAAUAUAAGCCAGGAGAGAGACCAUCUCAAGUUAGACCAGAGGACAAUCUCAGACCGGAGGGCGAAUUCUACACUCCGGAAAAACCAGGAUUUAGGCCAGCUGAGAGACCACUUCAAAAAAGACCAGUGGAUAAUCUAAGACCUGAAGGCGAAUUUGUGACUCCCGAGAAACAAGUUUUUAAACCAGCAGAAAAAACCGAAAGGGUAAUCAGAAAGGAUAACUUACGCACUGAAGGUGAAAUGACUUUCAUUGAAAGAGAAGAAUACCAAUAUGUAGUGCGACCUGAACAAGUGAAGCCAACUGAUAAUUUGAGACCCGAAGGCGAAUUCUACAGCCCAGAGAAGCCAAAAUAUAAGGCAGGCGAAAGGCCUUCUCAAGUCAGGCACGAAGAUAAUUUGCGGCCCGAAGGAGAAUUUUACGCUCCAGAGAAACCUGGAUUCAAACCUGCUGAGCGUCCUGUUCAGAAGAAGCCAGAAGAUAAUUUGAAACCCGAGGGUGAAUUCUACAGCCCUGAGAAACCGAAAUAUAAGCCAGGAGAGAGACCAUCUCAAGUUAGACCAGAGGAUAAUCUGCGUCCUGAGGGAGAAUUUUACACUCCAGAAAAACCUGGUUUUAAACCUGCUGAGCGUCCUGUCCAGAAGAAGCCAGAAGACAACUUAAGGCCAGAGGGUGAAUUCUACAGCCCAGAGAAACCGAAAUACAAGCCAGGGGAGAGACCAUCUCAAGUGCGACCAGAGGAUAAUCUGCGUCCUGAGGGAGAAUUUUACACUCCAGAAAAACCUGGUUUCAAACCGGCUGAGCGUCCUGUCCAAAAGAAGCCAGAAGAUAAUUUGAGACCAGAGGGUGAAUUCUACAGCCCAGAAAAACCGAAAUACAAGCCAGGGGAGAGACCAUCUCAAGUUAGGCCAGAGGAUAAUCUCAGACCGGAGGGCGAAUUUUACACUCCAGAAAAACCUGGUUUCAAACCUGCGGAGCGUCCUGUCCAGAAGAAGCCGGAAGAUAACUUGAGACCAGAGGGUGAAUUCUACAGCCCAGAGAAACCGAAAUACAAGCCAGGGGAGAGACCAUCUCAAGUGCGACCAGAGGAUAAUCUGCGUCCUGAGGGAGAAUUUUACACUCCAGAAAAACCUUGUUUCAAACCGGCUGAGCGUCCUGUCCAAAAGAAGCCAGAUGAUAAUUUGAGACCAGAGGGUGAAUUCUACAGCCCAGAAAAACCGAAAUACAAGCCAGGGGAGAGACCAUCUCAAGUUAGGCCAGAGGAUAAUCUCAGACCAGAGGGAGAAUUCUACACACCAGAGAAACCUGGAUUUAGGCCAGCUGAAAGACCUGUUCAAAAGAAACCAGUGGAUAAUCUAAAACCUGAGGGUGAAUUUGUGACUCCCGAGAAACAAGUUUUCAGACCAGCGGAAAAAACGGAGAAAAUUAUCAGGCAGGAUAACCUCCGCACUGAAGGUGAAAUGACUUUCAUUGAAAAGGAAGAAUACCAAUAUGUAGUGCGUCCAGAACAAGUGAAGCCAACGGAUAACUUGAGGCCGGAGGGCGAAUUCUACAGCCCUGAGAAACCAAAAUAUAAGCCAGGAGAGAGACCAUCUCAAGUUAGGCCAGAGGAUAAUCUGCGUCCUGAGGGAGAAUUUUACACUCCAGAGAAACCUGGUUUUAAACCUGCUGAGCGUCCUGUCCAGAAGAAGCCAGAAGACAACUUAAGGCCAGAGGGUGAAUUCUACAGCCCAGAGAAACCGAAAUACAAGCCAGGGGAGAGACCAUCUCAAGUUAGACCAGAGGAUAAUCUGCGUCCUGAGGGAGAAUUUUACACUCCAGAAAAACCUGGUUUUAAACCUGCUGAGCGUCCUGUCCAGAAAAAGCCAGAAGACAACUUAAGGCCAGAGGGUGAAUUCUACAGCCCAGAGAAACCGAAAUACAAGCCAGGGGAGAGACCAUCUCAAGUUAGGCCAGAGGAUAAUCUCAGACCAGAGGGAGAAUUCUACACACCAGAGAAACCUGGAUUUAGGCCAGCUGAAAGACCUGUUCAAAAGAAACCAGUGGACAAUCUAAAACCUGAGGGUGAAUUUGUGACUCCCGAGAAACAAGUUUUCAGACCAGCGGAAAAAACGGAGAAAAUUAUCAGGCAGGAUAACCUUCGCACUGAAGGUGAAAUGACUUUCAUUGAAAAGGAAGAAUACCAAUAUGUAGUGCGUCCAGAACAAGUGAAGCCAACGGAUAACUUGAGGCCAGAGGGCGAAUUCUACAGCCCUGAGAAACCAAAAUAUAAGCCAGGAGAGAGACCAUCUCAAGUUAGGCCAGAGGAUAAUCUGCGUCCUGAGGGAGAAUUUUACACUCCAGAGAAACCUGGUUUUAAACCUGCUGAGCGUCCUGUCCAGAAGAAGCCAGAAGACAACUUAAGGCCAGAGGGUGAAUUCUACAGCCCUGAGAAACCGAAAUACAAGCCAGGGGAGAGACCAUCUCAAGUGAGACCAGAGGAUAAUCUGCGUCCUGAGGGAGCAUUUUACACUCCAGAAAAACCUGGUUUCAAACCUGCAGAGCGUCCUGUCCAGAAGAAGCCGGAAGAUAACUUGAGACCAGAGGGUGAAUUCUACAGCCCAGAGAAACCGAAAUACAAGCCAGGGGAGAGACCAUCUCAAGUUAGACCAGAGGAUAAUCUCAGACCAGAGGGAGAAUUCUACACACCAGAGAAACCUGGAUUUAGGCCAGCUGAAAGACCUGUUCAAAAGAAACCGGUGGACAAUCUAAAACCUGAGGGUGAAUUUGUGACUCCCGAGAAACAAGUUUUCAGACCAGCGGAAAAAACGGAGAAAAUUAUCAGGCAGGAUAACCUCCGCACUGAAGGUGAAAUGACUUUCAUUGAAAGGGAAGAAUACCAAUAUGUAGUGCGUCCAGAACAAGUGAAGCCAACGGAUAACUUGAGGCCAGAGGGCGAAUUCUACAGCCCUGAGAAACCAAAAUAUAAGCCAGGAGAGAGACCAUCUCAAGUUAGGCCAGAGGAUAAUCUGCGUCCUGAGGGAGAAUUUUACACUCCAGAGAAACCUGGUUUUAAACCUGCUGAGCGUCCUGUCCAGAAGAAGCCAGAAGACAACUUAAGGCCAGAGGGUGAAUUCUACAGCCCUGAGAAACCGAAAUACAAGCCAGGGGAGAGACCAUCUCAAGUGAGACCAGAGGAUAAUCUGCGUCCUGAGGGAGAAUUUUACACUCCAGAGAAACCUGGUUUUAAACCUGCUGAGCGUCCUGUCCAGAAGAAGCCAGAAGACAACUUAAGGCCAGAGGGUGAAUUCUACAGCCCUGAGAAACCGAAAUACAAGCCAGGGGAGAGACCAUCUCAAGUCAGACCAGAGGAUAAUCUGCGUCCUGAGGGAGAAUUUUACACUCCAGAGAAACCUGGUUUCAAACCUGCAGAGCGUCCUGUCCAGAAGAAGCCGGAAGAUAACUUGAGACCAGAGGGUGAAUUCUACAGCCCAGAGAAACCGAAAUACAAGCCAGGGGAGAGACCAUCUCAAGUUAGGCCAGAGGAUAAUCUCAGACCGGAGGGCGAAUUUUACACUCCAGAAAAACCUGGUUUCAAACCUGCGGAGCGUCCUGUCCAGAAGAAGCCGGAAGAUAACUUGAGACCAGAGGGUGAAUUCUACAGCCCAGAGAAACCGAAAUACAAGCCAGGGGAGAGACCAUCUCAAGUGCGACCAGAGGAUAAUCUGCGUCCUGAGGGAGAAUUUUACACUCCAGAAAAACCUUGUUUCAAACCGGCUGAGCGUCCUGUCCAAAAGAAGCCAGAUGAUAAUUUGAGACCAGAGGGUGAAUUCUACAGCCCAGAAAAACCGAAAUACAAGCCAGGGGAGAGACCAUCUCAAGUUAGGCCAGAGGAUAAUCUCAGACCAGAGGGAGAAUUCUACACACCAGAGAAACCUGGAUUUAGGCCAGCUGAAAGACCUGUUCAAAAGAAACCAGUGGAUAAUCUAAAACCUGAGGGUGAAUUUGUGACUCCCGAGAAACAAGUUUUCAGACCAGCGGAAAAAACGGAGAAAAUUAUCAGGCAGGAUAACCUUCGCACUGAAGGUGAAAUGACUUUCAUUGAAAAGGAAGAAUACCAAUAUGUAGUGCGUCCAGAACAAGUGAAGCCAACGGAUAACUUGAGGCCAGAGGGCGAAUUCUACAGCCCUGAGAAACCAAAAUACAAGCCAGGGGAGAGACCAUCUCAAGUUAGACCAGAGGAUAAUCUGCGUCCUGAGGGAGAAUUUUACACUCCAGAAAAACCUGGUUUCAAACCUGCUGAGCGUCCUGUCCAGAAGAAGCCAGAAGACAACUUAAGGCCAGAGGGUGAAUUCUACAGCCCUGAGAAACCGAAAUACAAGCCAGGAGAGAGACCAUCUCAAGUUAGACCAGAGGACAAUCUUAGACCGGAGGGCGAAUUCUACACUCCGGAAAAACCAGGAUUUAGGCCAGCUGAGAGACCACUUCAAAAAAGACCAGUGGAUAAUCUAAGACCUGAAGGCGAAUUUGUGACUCCCGAGAAACAAGUUUUUAAACCAGCAGAAAAAACCGAAAGGGUAAUCAGAAAGGAUAACUUACGCACUGAAGGUGAAAUGACUUUCAUUGAAAAGGAAGAAUACCAAUAUGUAGUGCGUCCAGAACAAGUGAAGCCAACGGAUAACUUGAGGCCAGAGGGUGAAUUCUACAGCCCGGAGAAACCGAAAUACAAGCCAGGGGAGAGACCAUCUCAAGUUAGGCCAGAGGAUAAUCUGCGUCCUGAGGGAGAAUUUUACACACCUGAGAAACCUGGAUUUAGGCCAGCUGAAAGACCUGUUCAAAAGAAACCAUUGGACAAUCUAAAACCUGAGGGUGAAUUUGUGACUCCCGAGAAACAAGUUUUCAGACCAGUGGAAAAAACGGAGAAAAUUAUCAGGCAGGAUAACCUCCGCACUGAAGGUGAAAUGACUUUCAUUGAAAAGGAAGAAUACCAAUAUGUAGUGCGUCCAGAACAAGUGAAGCCAACGGAUAACUUGAGGCCAGAGGGCGAAUUCUACAGCCCUGAGAAACCAAAAUAUAAGCCAGGAGAGAGACCAUCUCAAGUUAGGCCAGAGGAUAAUCUGCGUCCUGAGGGAGAAUUUUACACUCCAGAGAAACCUGGUUUUAAACCUGCUGAGCGUCCUGUCCAGAAGAAGCCAGAAGACAACUUAAGGCCAAAGGGUGAAUUCUACAGCCCUGAGAAACCGAAAUACAAGCCAGGGGAGAGACCAUCUCAAGUGAGACCAGAGGAUAAUCUGCGUCCUGAGGGAGAAUUUUACACUCCAGAAAAACCUGGUUUUAAACCUGCUGAGCGUCCUGUCCAGAAGAAACCAGAAGACAACUUAAGGCCAGAGGGUGAAUUCUACAGCCCUGAGAAACCGAAAUACAAGCCAGGGGAGAGACCAUCUCAAGUGAGACCAGAGGAUAAUCUGCGUCCUGAGGGAGAAUUUUACACUCCAGAGAAACCUGGAUUCAAACCUGCUGAGCGUCCUGUUCAGAAGAAGCCAGAAGAUAAUUUGAGACCCGAGGGUGAAUUCUACAGCCCUGAGAAACCGAAAUAUAAGCCAGGAGAGAGACCAUCUCAAGUUAGACCAGAGGACAAUCUUAGACCGGAGGGCGAAUUCUACACUCCGGAAAAACCAGGAUUUAGGCCAGCUGAGAGACCACUUCAAAAAAGACCAGUGGAUAAUCUAAGACCUGAAGGCGAAUUUGUGACUCCCGAGAAACAAGUUUUUAAACCAGCAGAAAAAACCGAAAGGGUAAUCAGAAAGGAUAACUUACGCACUGAAGGUGAAAUGACUUUCAUUGAAAAGGAAGAAUACCAAUAUGUAGUGCGUCCAGAACAAGUGAAGCCAACGGAUAACUUGAGGCCAGAGGGUGAAUUCUACAGCCCAGAGAAACCGAAAUACAAGCCAGGGGAGAGACCAUCUCAAGUUAGGCCAGAGGAUAAUCUGCGUCCUGAGGGAGAAUUUUACACACCUGAGAAACCUGGAUUUAGGCCAGCUGAAAGACCUGUUCAAAAGAAACCAUUGGACAAUCUAAAACCUGAGGGUGAAUUUGUGACUCCCGAGAAACAAGUUUUCAGACCAGCGGAAAAAACGGAGAAAAUUAUCAGGCAGGAUAACCUUCGCACUGAAGGUGAAAUGACUUUCAUUGAAAAGGAAGAAUACCAAUAUGUAGUGCGUCCUGGACAAGUGAAGCCAACGGAUAACUUGAAACCGGAAGGCGAAUUCUACAGCCCAUCGAAACCAAAAUAUAAGCCAGGAGAGAGACCAUCCCAAGUUAGACCAGAGGAUAAUCUCAGACCAGAGGGAGAAUUCUACACUCCAGAGAAACCAAAAUAUAAACCAGGCGAAAGGCCUUCCCAAGUUAGGCACGAGGAUAAUCUGCGGCCCGAAGGAGAAUUUUUCGCUCCACACAAACCAGGCUUUCAACCUGCCGAUCGUCCUGUACAAAAGAAGCCAGAAGAUAAUUUGAGGCCUGAAGGUGAAUUCUACAGCCCGGAAAAACCGAAAUACAAUCCAGGUGAAAGACCGUCUCAAGUCAGGCAUGAAGAUAAUCUUCGACCCGAAGGGGAGUUCUACACUCCAGAGAAACUUGGAUUUAGGCCUGCUGAGAGACCAGUUCAAAAGAAGCCAGUGGACAAUCUUAAGCCUGAGGGUGAAUUUGUGAGUCCCGAGAAACAAGUUUUUAAACCAGCAGAAAAGACGGAGAAAAUUAUCAGGCAGGAUAACCUUCGCACUGAAGGUGAAAUGACAUUUACUGUAAAAGAGGAAUAUCAGUAUGUAAAGAGACCACAGCAAGUAAAACCUAGUGAUAAUCUGAAACCAGAAGGUUCGUUUUGCACUCUUGAAAAACCAAAAUAUCAGCCUGGUGAGCGUGUGACUGUUGUGAAACACAAAGAUAACUUAAAAGUUGAAGGUGAGUUCUACACACCUGAGAAAACAAGCUACAAGCCAGGAGAAAGACCAACGCAAAAGAAACCUCAAGACAAUUUAAAACCAGAGGGACAAAUGUCUAUUCCAGAAAAAACAAAGUUUAAGCCGGGUGACAGGGUGAAAACUGUUAUUCGUAAAGAUAACUUGAAAACCGAAGGAGAAAUGACUUUCACCCAAAAGGAAGAGUAUCAUCAUGUUAAGAGACCUGACCAGGUCAAACCGAUCGAUAAUCUCAAAGUCGAGGGCGAAUUCUUCAAGCCUGAUAAAACAUCAUAUAAGCCUGCUGAGCGACCAAUACAGAAGAAACCGAAAGACAAUCUGAAGCCAGAGGGAGAGUUUUAUAGGACUACUGAAAAGACCGAAACGGAUAGCACUGUGUUACGUGAAACAACCCGAAGAGAAACACCAAAACGCCCUGUGGAUAACUUAAAAUUAGAAGGCUCUAUGACAGUGACCAGAAAAGAAGAUUAUAAAUCUUCGACUGCAGUUGAUAAAGUUCAACGUACCCAAAAGUAUAAACAUAAUAGUUCAUCGAUCACUUUGGGAAGUGAUACCACAAUUCUAAAGACAACGAAUCAAAUGAACUAUGUCUCUGGAAAGGAUGCGAUCAAACAAGUCGACUCAAAUAGCCAGAAUCCCGUUGAUGGUCUAAUUGUAGUUUCAACUAAGAAGGUAACUACGGUAGUAGGAGGUCGCCACAAGAAGGAGCCCGAGACGGAAUAUGUACGAAGACCAGCAAAGAUAAAUGUCAUCGAAAAUGUGGCAAAGAACACAACAACGACAAAUAUUGAAAAGAAUCAAAGUGUUCACAAAGAAACAACAUCGAUGCAAAAAACUCACAACAUUAUUGAAAAUACUGCAGUCAAUACAGAACAAAUAACAGGAUCAGAAUCGUCUACUAGAGCUCUUCACACUAGCACUAACAAUGUGACCAAUGGCUCGACAAAUCGAGUGUCAACCGGAAGAACAGUCACCGGCAACAUCACUAAUUCUUCGUCUCAACGUAUUAUUUCCGAAAAUCAAUCUAACAAUAAUUUGGCUAGUAACACGACUACAACUCGUGCAGUUUCUGGAAGUAACAUAGGAAUAGGCAGCUCAACAACACAAGUCGGCUCAUCCAAGCAUUUCCAUCAUCGCAAGAGUGAGCUAUCUUCGGAAGCCGAUUUCUCAAACUCAGUAUUUCAUCGCAAGAACAUUUCAACCGAGUCGAAUGCGAUAAACAGUAGUAGUCUAUCAUCCAAUGGUAAAAUGCAUCGCAAGAGUAUUUUAAAUCUUCACGAGCAGCCCGCAAGUACUACGAUUCAUGGAGGUGAUCGUCAGAGUUACAGCAGCAUACAUCGACAGAAUCGGGAAACCGAUAGCUUUUCAACUGAACGUCGUACUUGUAGUGUGCACAAGGAGAACGCUAAGAAUACUUCUUCAUCCAUGUCUCGCAUUAUUUCUGGUGGCGGAAACGAUAGUAAAUCCAAUACUGAACGUUCGACCAUAACAAGAAGUCAUGUUUCGGGCGGUGGAAUUGAUUUUUCAUCUGCAUCGCAUCAUCAUGGUCAAGGAGGAACUCGCAAUCGUAGUAGCCAUCAUCAUCAUGUCUCCAGCAGCAGUGUAGAUUUUCCCUCCUACAACGUUCACGGGCAUACCGAACGUAUAACUACCACUCGACGUGGAAAUCAAUCCUCCAUUAGUUUGGGCAAUGAUAAAUUCACCGGCUCCAGUCUCUAUAAAAGCGAAUACAUCACUGCCCCAAGCACAUCGUGUGCCGUGCAUAAGAUCAAACAAGGUGCAUUCCAACAUACCAGAAGUACUCAAGAUCAUAAGUUCUUCAAGACUUCAAAUUAAAUAACAGUCCAAGAAAACUGAAAACAUAUCUUUUGCCUCCACUAAUACAUAUCCCAUUUCCAUGACAAUACUUUAUAUAUUUUAUACGAAAACAUAAUAUUAACAAAUAAAGAAA